GUUUUUAAAAAAAUUAACACUGUCGACUGAUACUCGAAACUUUGAAUAUAUGAAAGUGGAGGACGAGUUAAGAGCCAUGCAAAAACUCUACGCUGAGACACCCAUAAGUAGUUCGGGGAUGGCAGUGAACCCGAACAACAACAAUAAUAACAACAACAACCCAAAUGCAAAUAAUGGAAACUUAAGUCCAAUGACACCAUCAUAUACAAUGAAUACAAUGGGUAUGACGGGAAUGCCUUCAGUGUCUCCACAAGGAAACGGAGCAGGCUCAUUUGGUGGUGGAAAUGGAGCACUCUCAGCAUCAAAUAUGAGCGCUAUGAAUUCAGCAAUGAACGCCAUGAAUGGAAAUUGUAUAACCUCAACUCCGAUAGGAUAUGGAUCUAUGGGAUCACCGCUUGGUAAUAUGGGUUCAUGUAUGGCUUCAGGAAUGGGUACUAUGGCAUCAAUGUCUCAAUAUACAUCAAUGGGAAGUCGUGAUCUCACUGAGCCUGGUUCUCCAAAUUCAGCAAUAUUACAACGAGCUCGAGCGGAAAAACCGACAACGUAUAGACGAAGUUAUACUCAUGCGAAACCACCAUACAGUUAUAUUAGCCUAAUCACUAUGGCCAUUCAAAAUAAUCCUCAUAAAAUGUUGACAUUAGCUGAAAUUUAUCAAUUCAUUAUGGAUUUAUUUCCAUUCUAUCGUCAAAAUCAACAGAGAUGGCAAAAUUCUAUUCGUCAUUCACUAAGUUUUAAUGAUUGCUUUGUAAAAGUUCCACGAACGCCGGAUAAGCCAGGAAAGGGAUCUUUUUGGACAUUACACCCAGACUCUGGAAACAUGUUUGAAAAUGGUUGCUAUUUAAGACGUCAAAAAAGAUUCAAAGAUGAAAAGAAAGAAGCAAUUAGACAAUUACAUAAGAGUCCAUCAAGUAGCAUUGAUAAUCACAGUCCACAAGGCAAAAAGGAUUUACAUGAAGAACAUCACCAUCAUCGAGAUCAUCAUAAGGGUAUACCUGAUGCACACAUGCUGAAUUCUGUACAUGGUAAAGAUGCAGAUACAUUAGCUAUGCUUCAUGCUACCGCAGAUUUAUGCUUAGCUCAACAAUCUCAUUCACAUUCACAGCAUGGUACGCAUCACCAUCAUCAGCAAUUACAACAAGAGGAUAUUGCUUCUAUGGUCAAUAGAUGCCAUCCAUCAUUACUCGGUGAUUAUCAUUCAAUGCAUCAUUUAAAACAGGAACCAAGUGGUCAUUAUACGCCAUCAAAUCAUCCAUUUUCAAUAACACGACUUUUACCUACCGAGUCUAAAGCAGAUAUUAAAAUGUAUGAAAUGAGUCAAUACGCCAGCUAUAAUGGAAUUAGUCCUUUACCAAACUCACAUGCUGCCGCCGCACUAGGUCAAGAUUCCUAUUAUCAAAGUUUAGGAUAUCAUCCAUCAGCUGGUACAACAAGCUUGUGACAUCAAUAUCCAAUCGCUUAGUAACAACAACAGCAGCAUUUCCAACAAAACCAUCAAAUGCACCAGCAACAACAACAGCAACAAAAUAUUACUCAACAAUAUCGAAACACUCAGCAACUAUUUCAUCAACAAUAUGUAAAAUAUAAAAAUAUCCAAAAUCACUGAUAUCUAAACAAAAACUCCAGCAGUAAAUUUGAUUAGA